AUGUCUGUUUCCCGUGACGGUCAACGCAAGAGUCAACGCGAAGGCCAACGUGAGGGUCAACGCUUCUCGCGAUCCCCAGCCUCGCCUAUCGCCGCCGUAGCGGCGCUUCUCGCCUUUGUGCUGCCGUCUCUCGCUCUCGCCAGCAGCACGGGGGAAGCUCACUUCGCAGCCCAUCUGUUGAACGCCCAUGGAAUGCGAGGCACUAUAAGCAUAUCCGUCUCAAGGUCCAUAUCGCGAGGCAUGGCCCCGGCCUACAGCAUCCGCUUCGGUGCUGCCGUUGCUGGCGCCCACUCCCCUCCCAGCCACCUCCUCCUCUCGCUGCCACGUGGCGCGCCGCCAUUGGCCCUCUGCGGAGACGGCUCCGCUGGCUCUGCCGGCUCUGCUGACCAUGCGGGCUGUGCUGGGUGGGUGGUUGGAGGAGGGGAGGAGGGGCAUGGUGAUUUGGUGGGAGUGCUACGGAGAAGCCGCGAGUAUAGUCAUGACAUCAUCAUUCCGCGCUACCCCCCACAGGACCCCCGCCUGGAAGUGCGGCUGAAGGGGGGAAUGGGGGAAAAGGCGGAGAUGGGGGAGGGACUUGCGGGGGGCAUGCGCGGAGGGGCGUUUAUGCUGGGAGCUUUCAAGGAUGGUCGCGUGGUGGUGAAUUACGAUAUCCGUGUUAUCGGCCCCGCGCAAAAACCUUCCGCCAUCAACCUUCUCGUUGACUACCCCGAACCGUCCUCGUUACAAGCCACCUCGUUACAAGCCACCUCGUUACAAGUCGCCUCGUUACAGUGUGACUCAUGGGCCGAUGCUUCUUUCAACAUGGAUGUGGGUAAAGCUUCCGAGAGUGCUGAGGCUGGUGGGAGUGCUAAUGCUGCUGGGGGUGCCGAAUCAGCGUCUGCUUCCAAGUUUGAAACGUCCGAGUUUACCUGUGCUGGUGAUGCUGAGGGUACCACUACCUACUGGAACCACGACUUUCCUGGUUCAGAAAUUAAUGGAGCAGUUUCGUGUGAUGCUGGGGCUGCAGUUGCAUCGUGCUGA